UGCAGGACCGGAAGCCUGAGGAAGAUAGGAUUGGAUUUCUCCUCCUUGUCAUCUCUCAUGGCCGCCUCUCCUCCUCCAGACGGGAAGCCAUCAUCUCUCCUUUCACCACUAGAGCCUGAUUUGGACUACAACGAAGAGGAGGAGGAGGGGGAGGAGAAUGAGGUAAAGAAAAGAUGUUCCUUCAGCCACACCCAUUCCAGACUCCUUUCAGAGGAUGGGGAACUUGCUUCUGAUGAGGACGGAGAGAUCAAAGAGGUCACGCCUCCUUUUGGUGACUCUUGUUCCCCUAGGCGUAAAUUUGAGAGGCUAUCGGACGAGUCUUUACAAGCUGGAACCAAACAGGCGCACAAUUCAAACAUCUGCAGACAUUUUCUUCAAGGUCGAUGCUUGUGGGGCGAUGACUGUAGAUUCGCUCACGAGGUUCCCGAAGGAGAAGAAAUCGGAGGAGAAAGAAGUGAAAGAACAAGAGAUAGAGAUGCUUUUCAUAAUAGUCCUCAUCUCUCUCUGGCCCCUCCCACUCUUUAUGCUGUAUCCCACAAGCCAAUAUCUAUUGAUCGCAUUCAUGCCUUAUAUGAUCGUGUGAUACCUAGCAGUAUGUAUAGUCACAUGGCGUGGGCCACACCUCCUAGUCAUGUUAAAGGAAGGGCUAAAGGUCUCCCACGUCCAAACAGUCGAGAGAAGGUUGAGGAAAGUCUCGGUUGGCAUAGACUGAGGACAAUCACCAAAGGAUGGGAGAGUGAGGAGGAGGAGGAGGAGGAGAAGGAGAGGAGGAGAAGAGGGAGAAAAAGAGGAACUGAUGAUUUAAGGAGAAAGUUGAAACAGGAAAGACAAUACACUCCAAGUUCCAACGACUCAGAAAAUGACGAUAGUACUGACUCAAAGCUAAAGAAUCGAAAGAGAAUUAAAGAAAAGACGAAGGAGGUUUUUGAUCGUGGUGAUGAUUGGUUUGAUCCUUGGUCACGCAAGAAGAUCAAAAGUAGAGAGAAUGAGUCAAACUCUUCAUCAUCUUCAGACGAGAAAAGUUCGAGGAAGUUGAAGCGAAAGUAGUAAAUUUCGUAACAAUUUGAUUGUUAUUUAUAUUUCAUAUUUUUCACCAUUCAUUACAAAAUCUCUCACUCGUUAUUUUUGUGCUUAUCAAUUAAAUUAUUUUCCCACUAUUAUUAUUAUCAUCAUUGUUCCCAUUUUUAUUUCCGGUAUUAUUUAAAAUAAUAAUACUAAUAUACCACAUUUUAUUAUCCUUUAUAAACAGUUCAGACAUCACAU